CGAAGCCCCCGAGCCCCCCAAGAAGCGCGUGCUGAACCCCGACAAUGAGAUAUUCUACCUGCAGGUGGGUACAGUGCCUGGAAAGCCUUUAUUUGGGGGGGUCGGGGGGGGUCUUAUGGGAUUUUUGGGGGGUCCUUAUGGGGCAUUUUGGGGUCCUGGAAGGUUUGAAGGGCGUUCCUGAGGGAGUAUUUGGGGUAUUUUGGGGUCUUAUGGGAUUUUUGGGGGGUCCUAUGGGGCAUUUUGGGGUCCUGGAGGGUUUUUAAGGGCGUUCCUGAGAGAGCGUUUGGGGUCUUAUGGGGUAUUUUGGGGUCCUGGGAGGUUUUUGGGGUGUCCUAUGGGGCAUUUUGGGGUCCUGGAAGGUUUGAAGGGCGUUCCUGAGGGAGCAUUUGGGGUCUUAUGGGGUCUUAUGGGAUUUUUGGGGGGUCCUAUGGGGCAUUUUGGGGUCCUGGAAGGUUUGAAGGGCGUUCCUGAGGGAGUGUUUGGGGUCUUAUGGGGUAUUUUGGGGUCUUAUGGGAUUUUUGGGGGGUCCUAUGGGGCAUUUUGGGGUCCUGGAGGGUUUUAAGGGCAUUCCUGAGGGAGUGUUUGGGGUCUUAUGGGGUAUUUUGGGGUCCUGGGAGGUUUUUAGGGGUGCCCUAUGGGGCAUUUUGGGGUCCUGGAAGGUUUGAAGGGCGUUCCUGAGGGAGUGUUUGGGGUCUUAUGGGGUCUUUUGGGGUCUUAUGGGGCAUUUUGGGGGUCCUAUGGGGCAUUUUGGGGUCCUGGAAGGUUUGAAGGGCGUUCCUGAGGGAGUAUUUGGGGUCUUAUGGGGUAUUUUGGGGUCUUAUGGGAUUUUUGGGGGGUCCUAUGGGGCAUUUUGGGGUCCUGGAGGGUUUGAAGGGCGUUCCUGAGGGAGUGUUUGGGGUCUUAUGGGGUAUUUUGGGGUCUUAUGGGAUUUUUGGGGGGUCCUUAUGGGGCAUUUUGGGGUCCUGGAAGGUUUGAAGGGCGUUCCUGAGGGAGUGUUUGGGGUCUUAUGGGGUAUUUUGGGGUCCUGGGAGGUUUUUGGGGUGUCCUAUGGGGCAUUUUGGGGUCCUGGAAGGUUUGAAGAGCGUUCCUGAGGGAGUGUUUGGGGUCUUAUAGGGUAUUUUGGGGUCCUGGAAGGUUUUUGGGGUGUCCUAUGGGGCAUUUUGGGGUCCUGGAAGGUUUGAAGGGCGUUCCUGAGGGAGUAUUUGGGGUAUUUUGGGGUCUUAUGGGAUUUUUGGGAGGUCCUUAUGGGGCAUUUUGGGGUCCUGGAAGGUUUGAAGGGCGUUCCUGAGGGAGUGUUUGGGGUCUUAUGGGGUAUUUUGGGGUCCUGGGAGGGUUUUAGGGUGUCCUAUGGGGCAUUUUGGGGUCCUGGAGGGUUUGAAGGGCGUUCCUGAGGGAGUGUUUGGGGUCUUAUGGAGUAUUUUGGGGUCCUGGGAGGGUUUUGGGGUGUCCUAUGGGGCAUUUUGGGGUCCUGGAGGGUUUUAAGGGCGUUUCUGAGGAGUGUUUGGGGUCUUAUGGGGUAUUUUGGGGUCUUAUGGGAUUUUUGGGGGGUCCUUAUGGGGCAUUUUGGGGUCCUGGAGGGUUUGAAGGGCGUUCCUGAGGGAGUAUUUGGGGUAUUUUGGGGUCUUAUGGGAUUUUUGGGGGGUCCUAUGGGGCAUUUUGGGGUCCUGGAGGGUUUUUAAGGGCGUUCCUGAGGGAAUGUUUGGGGUCUUAUGGGGUAUUUUGGGGUCUUAUGGGAUUUUUGGGGGGUCCUUCUGGGGCAUUUUGGGGUCCUGGGAGGUUUGAAGGGCGUUCCUGAGGGAGUGUUUGGGGUCUUAUGGGGUAUUUUGGGGUCCUGGGAGGUUUUUAGGGGUGCCCUAUGGGGCAUUUUGGGGUCCUGGAAGGAUUGAAGGGCGUUCCUGAGGGAGUAUUUGGGGUAUUUUGGGGUCUUAUGGGAUUUUUGGGGGGUCCUAUGGGGCAUUUUGGGGUCCUGGAGGGUUUGAAGGGCAUUCCUGAGGGAGUGUUUGGGGUCUUAUAGGGUAUUUUGGGGUCCUGGAAGGUUUUUGGGGUGUCCUAUGGGGCAUUUUGGGGUCCUGGAGGGUUUGAAGGGCGUUCCUGAGGGAGUAUUUGGGGUAUUUUGGGGUCUUAUGGGAUUUUUGGGGGUCCUUAUGGGGCAUUUUGGGGUCCUGGAAGGUUUGAAGGGCGUUCCUGAGGGAGUGUUUGGGGUCUUAUGGGGUAUUUUGGGGUCUUAUGGGAUUUUUGGGGGGUCCUUAUGGGCAUUUUGGGGUCCUGGAGGGUUUGAAGGGCGUUCCUGAGGGAGUGUUUGGGGUCUUUAUGGGGCAUUUUGGGGUCCUGGGAGGGUUUUGGGGGGUCCUAUGGGGCAUUUUGGGGUCCUGGAGGGUUUGAAGGGCGUUCCUGAGGGAGUGUUUGGGGUCUUAUGGGGUAUUUUGGGGUCUUAUGGGAUUUUUGGGGGGUCCUUAUGGGGCAUUUUGGGGUCCUGGAAGGUUUGAAGGGCGUUCCUGAGGGAGUGUUUGGGGUCUUAUGGGGUAUUUUGGGGUCUUAUUAGAUUUUUGGGGGGUCCUAUGGGGCAUUUUGGGGUCCUGGAGGGUUUUAAGGGCGUUCCUGAGAGAGCGUUAGGGGUCUUAUGGGGUCUUUUGGGGUCUUAUGGGAUUUUUGGGGGGUCCUUAUGGGGCAUUUUGGGGUCCUGGAAGGUUUUGAAGGGCGUUCCUGAGGGAGUGUUUGGGGUCUUAUGGGGUAUUUUGGGGUCUUAUGGGAUUUUUGGGGUACCCUAUGGGGCAUUUUGGGGUCCUGGAGGGUUUGAAGGGCGUUCCUGAGGGAGUAUUUGGGGUCUUAUGGGGUAUUUUGGGGUCCUGGGAGGUUUUUAGGGGUGCCCUAUGGGGCUUUUUGGGGUCCUGAAAGGUUUUUGGGGUGUCUUAUGGGGCAUUUUGGGGUCCUGGGAGGAUUUAGGGGUACUCUAUGGGGUAUUUUGGGGUCUUAUGGGAUUUUUGGGGUGACCUAUGGGGCAUUUUGGGGUCCUGGAAGGUUUUAGGGUUCCCUAUGGGGAAUUUUGGGGUCCUGGAGGGAUUUGGGGGUUCCUUAUGGGGCAUUUUGGGGUCCUGGAAGGAAUUUGGGGUUCCCUAUGAGGCAUUUUGGGGUCCUGGAAGGUUUUUUGGGGGUACCCUAUGGGGCAUUUUGGGGUCCUGGAAGGUUUUGGGGGUGCCCUAUGGAGCAUUUUGGGGUCCUGAAAGGUUUUUGGGGUGCCCUAUGGAGCAUUUUGGGGUCCUGGAAGGAAUUUGGGGUGCCCUAUGGGGUAUUUUGGGGUCCUGGAAGGUUUGUGGGGGUUCCCAUGGGACCAUUUGGGUCCUGGAAGGGGACCUUUUGGGUCCUGGAAGGUUUGUGGGGGUUCCCGUGGGACCCUUUGGGUCCUGGAAGGUUUGUGGGGGUUCCUAUGGGACCAUUUGGGUCCUGGAAGGGGACUGUUUGGGUCCUGGAAGGGGACCUUUUGGGUCCUGGAAGGUUUCUAUGGGUUCUCAUGGGUCCUUUUGGGUCCUGGAAGGUUUGUGGCGGUUCUCAUGGGACCUUUUGGGUCCUGGAAGGUUUAUGGGGGUCCUCAUGGGACCUUUUGGGUCCUUUCUGGGGGUUCUCAUGGGUCCUUUUGGGUCCUGGAAGGUUUCUGGGGGUUCCCAUGGGACCUUUUGGGUCCUGGAAGGGGACCUUUUGGGUUCUGGAAGGUUUGUGGGGGUUCCCGUGGGACCCUUUGGGUCCUGGAAGGUUUGUGGGGGUUCCUAUGGGACCAUUUGGGUCCUGGAAGGGGACCUUUUGGGUCCUGGAAGGUUUGUGGGGGUUCCCAUGGGACCUUUUGGGUCCUGGAAGGUUUAUGGGGGUCCUCAUGGGACCUUUUGGGUCCUUUCUGGGGGUUCUCAUGGGACCGUUUGGGUCCUGGAAGGUUUGUGGGGGUUCCUAUGGGACCAUUUGGGUCCUGGAAGGGGUCCGUUUGGGUCCUGGAAGGCUUCUGGGGGUUCCCGUGGGACCUUUUGGGUCCUGGAAGGUUUAUGGGGGUUCCCAUGGGACCCUUUGGGUCCUGGAAGGGGACCUUUUGGGUCCUGGAAGGUUUCUGGGGUUUUCCAUGGGACCUUUUGGGUCCUGGAAGGUUUCUAUGGGUUCUCAUGGGUCCUUUUGGGUCCUGGAAGGCUUCUGGGGGUUCCCAUGGGACCUUUUGGGUUCUGGAAGGGGACUGUUUGGGUCCUGGAAGGGGAACUUUUGGGUCCUGGAAGGUUUGUGGGGGUUCCCAUGGAAUCAUUUGGGUCCUUUUUGGGGGUUCCAAUGGGACCUUUUGGGUCCUGGAAGGUUUCUGGGGGUUCCCAUGGGAUCCUUUGGGUCCUGGAAGGGGACCUUUUGGGUCCUGGAAGGUUUGUGGGGGUUCCCAUGGGACCUUUUGGGUCCUGGAAGGUUUCUGGGGGUUCCCAUGGGACCAUUUGGGUCCUGGAAGGGGACUGUUUGGGUCCUGGAAGGGGACGUUUUGGGUCCUGGAAGGGGACUGUUUGGGUCCUGGAAGGGGAACUUUUGGGUCCUGGAAGGUUUGUGGGGGUUCCCAUGGGACCUUUUGGGUCCUGGAAGGUUUCUGGGGGUUCUCAUGGGACUGUUUGGGUCCUGGAAGGUUUAUGGGGGUUCCCAUGGGGCCCUUUGGGUCCUGCAAGGGGACUGUUUGGGUCCUGGAAGGGGAACUUUUGGGUCCUGGAAGGUUUGUGGGGGUUCCCAUGGGACCUUUUGGGUCCUGGAAGGUUUCUGGGGGUUCCCGUGGGACCAUUUGGGUCCUGGAAGGGGACUGUUUGGGCCCUGGAAGGGGACCUUCUGGGUCCUGGAAGGGGACCUUUUGGGUCCUGGAAGGUUUCUAUGGGUUCUCAUGGGUCCUUUUGGGUCCUGGAAGGUUUGUGGGGGUUCUCAUGGGACCUUUUGGGUCCUGGAAGGUUUCUAUGGGUUCUCAUGGGUCCUUUUGGGUCCUGGAAGGUUUGUGGGGGUUCCCGUGGGACCAUUUGGGUCCUGGAAGGUAUGUGGGGAUUCCCGUGGGACCUUUUGGGUCCUGGAAGGUUUGUGGGGGUUCUCAUGGAGCUCUUUGGGGUAACGGGUUGUAUUUCGGGGGGGUUCCCAUCCCGUCCCCCCCCC